GAAGUCACGUGGCGCGCGCUCACAUGACUGGCGGCGCGAUGGACGUGCUACCCGCGGCGCCAGCAGCUGCUGCGGCUGAGCCGGAGGCGGACGAGGAGGCGGACCCGCCGGCGGCAGCUGCGCUCACCUUGUCUCCAGCAGACUCACCACCAGCGCCCCAGGUCAGCGAGCCGAGGGCCCCGGACUCCAGUCGGAUGCAGAUGCCGCCGGGGAACCCACUGCUGUUGUCGCUCACGCUGCAGGAGCUGCUGGCCAGGGACGCCGUGCAGGUGGAGCUCAUCCCCGAGAAGAAGGGCCUCUUCCUCAAGCACGUGGAGUAUGAGGUUUCCAGCCAGCGCUUCAAGUCCUGCGUGUAUCGGCGGUACAAUGACUUCGUGGUCUUCCACGAGAUGCUGCUGCAGAAGUUCCCGUACCGCAUGGUGCCGGCCCUCCCGCCCAAGAGGAUGCUGGGAGCUGACAGGGAAUUCAUCGAGGCCCGGAGGAGAGCACUGAAGCGCUUCAUCAACCUGGUGGCCCGGCACCCGCCCUUCUCCGAGGACGUUGUUCUCAAGCUGUUCCUGUCCUUCAGUGGCCCCGACGUGCAGAACAAGUUGAAGGAAUCCGCUCAGUGUGUGGGAGACGAGUUCAUGAACUGUAAGCUGGCUGCUCGGGCCAAGGACUUCCUCCCAGCCGACAUCCAGACUCAGUUCGCCAUCAGCCGGGAGCUGAUUCGCAACAUCUACAACAGCUUCCACAAGCUUCGCGAUAGGGCCGAGCGGAUGGUGUCGCGGGCCAUCGACAAUGCUGCUGACCUUCUCGUAUUCGGGAAGGAACUGAGUGCUUUAGGGUCUGACACGACCCCGCUCCCCUCCUGGGCCACUCUGAACAGUAGCACGUGGGGGUCCCUCAAACAGGCGCUGAAAGGCCUGUCCGUUGAAUUCGCGCUGCUCGCUGACAAGGCUGCACAGCAGGGCAAACAGGAGGAGAACGACGUGGUGGAGAAACUGAACCUCUUCCUGGAUUUGCUCCAGUCCUAUAAAGACCUCUGCGAGCGGCACGAGAAGGGCGUGCUGCACAAGCACCAGCGGGCGCUGCACAAGUACAGCCUGAUGAAGAGGCAGAUGACGAGCGCCGCCGCGCAGAACCGCGAGCCCGAGUGUGUGGAGCAGCUGGAGUCCCGCAUCGUGGAGCAGGAGAACGUGAUCCAGACGAUGGAGCUUCGCAACUACUUCUCCCUGUACUGCCUGCACCAGGAGACGCAGCUGGUCCACGUCUACCUGCCCCUUACCUCCCACAUCCUCAGGGCCUUCGUCAGCUCCCAGAUCCAAGGGCACAAGGAGAUGAGCAAGGUGUGGAAUGACCUGCAGCCCAAGCUACAGUGCCUCUUCGCUGGACCGCACGGCGCCCCAAGCCCACCGAGGUCCCCGCAGGACGGCCUGUCUCCUCACUAGUGCCGGGAGGACGUGGGCGGCAGCUGCGGCGCCCUCACUAAAACUUCUUUCCAAAUGGUG